AUGACAACCCGAUUUUUACAUCAAGCGUGUCGUCAUGAGAUGGGAUUGAGUGAAGCCACAGCUUUACUCCUGUCUGUCCAGGAACGAAAUAACCUUAUGGACACGAGCGACAUAAAUUUGAAACUAAUCAUCGAGCCACGAUGGUGCCCAUCAUGUGUUUCGAGUCGGGUGGACACCAUAAAACAAAACCACUCCGCUACCACAGCGACUUGGCAACAUACAGACAAAAGAGAAGCACAUAAGCUCAACAUCAAGCGCGCUCGCGCUGAUGGGAUCGCCAAAGGACGGAUGGAGGCAGUGGGUAGGCCUCUUACUGAAAGUGAGAAGCCUAAAUUUCAGAUUUCAUCCGAAAUCACCGACGCCGAAUUUUGUGCUCAAUUUGCACAGCUUGGAUUGGUAGAUGAGGAUGAGAAAGCGGAAAGAGAGUUGACACCGGCGGAGUUUGAACAAUAUCUUGGGGCAAUCUUGAUGAUAGCAGAAUCGAAUGGUGAGAAGGAGGGAAGAGGCAUACAGGCGCGUCUGGAGAGGCAAGCUCUUGCUGAAGUGGACGAGAAGAGGAGGCAGUGGAGCGAAUUAGCUAGUGGGAGGGAUGAGAAAGCUGGAGUUUUCCAUAAACAUAGCUCAAAUGUCAUCUUUGCGGCAUCUUGCAAUGUCUGCGACCCCGUGAGUGAGCAAUAG